AUGAAGUUGCGUAGUCUUAUCUUUCUUGCAACCACACUGCUCGUGGGCUCCGCCGCAGCUGCCACGAUCCCCCACGCCGCGACAACGACGGCGACGCUCACAAUCCCCGUUGGUACCGUUGUGGGCUCCGUGAUCAACAAUGUCGAGUAUUAUCGCGGCAUUCCUUAUGCCCAAAGCCCCACCGGACCGCUACGACUGAAACCCCCGGUGACCCUCAGCACCAUCGGGACCGUCGAUGCCACGGGCGUAGGUCCUGCGUGCCCUCAAGUGGCAAAUGUAGAUAGCUCGCCGCUCUUCUUCGAAGUACUACAGAAUCCUAGUGUCGUAGAAGCGCUGUUCUUUGGAUCGGCAUUGGGCGACGUAACUGAAGACUGCCUUACUAUUUCAGUCAUGCGACCACAAGACACCCCAUCUGAUGCAAAAUUACCGGUGCUAUUCUGGAUGUUUGGCGGUGGAUUCCAGCUGGGGAGCGCGCAACCUUAUAAUGGAUCGGUGCUCAUUCCCCGAGCUGUGGCCCAGGGCAAACCGUUCAUCCUCGUGAGUAUAAACUACCGUAUUGGAGGCUUUGGUUUCCUCGGAGGAAAAGAGGUGCUCGCAGAUGGGGCCGCCAACUUGGGGCUGCUUGACCAGAGGAUGGCCCUGGAGUGGGUGGCAGACAACAUUGCGGCGUUCGGUGGUGAUCCGGACGCGGUCACAAUCUGGGGCGAAAGCGCCGGCGCCAUGAGCGUGUUUGAUCAGCUUGCGCUCUACGACGGUGACAAUACCUACAAAGGGCGCCCUUUGUUCCGUGGUGCUAUCAUGAAUAGCGGUAGCACCACCCCCACUGAGCCAGUAGACGGGGCCAAGGCCCAGGAAAUCUUCGAUGCGGUGGCUGAAGCGGCCAAUUGCUCAUCAGUACCUAGCUCGGAAAAGCUGGAAUGUCUACGACAGCUUGAUUUUGAGACAUACGCGAAUGCAACGACCAAUGUUCCCAGUUUCAUGGGAUACAAUGCCCUUUCGCUAAGCUACGUUCCUCGGCCAGAUGGCCGGGUACUCACUGCCAGCCCGGAUAUCCUAGCCAAGACUGGCAAGUACGCGGCGGUCCCAAUGAUCGUUGGCAUCCAGGAGAACGAGGUGAGUGAAGACUCAGACUAA